UGUUGAAACUGUUAUAUUACGAUAAAUAUGCCGAACAUUUUAUUUAUGAUAGUUUUUAAAAACUGUAAACUUGAUUAAAAUUUUGAAUUUAAUUUUGUAGGGGUAAUUUCAAGUAUAUGUGGCAAGACCGAUUCAUCUUUGGGUAAAAACACGUCUCUAACAUACAAGCCAACGACAUACGAAGAACUAACUGCAGAAAUAUUUUGGAAAUAUGUUAACGUAACAGAAGAAUUUCAGGUUUUGUUUGCAGUUACUGAAUUGUAUCAUUUAGACUUGGAUUGUAUUGUAAUAGCGGCAAAUGUCCAAAUUCCUGAAGCUGUUGCAAGUUUAAUAAAAAUUCCUGUUAUUGAUUGGGGAAAGGAUAAGCUGACAAAUUUAAGCACGCCAGUGACGUCACCUGAUGGCUGUUCAAUGACGACAACGAUAACAACAGUCGCUCCAAACGAAUGUUCAUUGCCUGUAGGGAAUUAUGAAUACCAGGAGCCACUGUUUAACAACGUAACUGGUGCAGCCAUUACUUUGAUUUCCGUUAUCGUCCACUUAAAGUGGUCUUCAGUUUGCAUAGUAUUUGACAAUGAUACAGAACACGAGGCAAUGCUGCUGCAUCAUGGUUUGUCUGAUGUUGGAAUAUUUGCCGAUGUGCAUAGUUUGCAGCAGAUGACCUCAGAAAAGAUAGAUUCUCUGAUGGAAGAAAAAUCUGCUGUUUAUGACGAAACAAGCCUAAACUGCACAAUUCUAUGUCGUUUGGAAUCAUGUCAACGAUAUUUGGAAAAGCCAUUUGAUUAUGGACGCAUUAAUAUGGUUCGAUCAUCUCUACUACACAACUCCAGAUGGUUGCUCGGAAUUUUUCAUGACGGGGAUCUCUCGGUUUUGGAAACAAACAGCAGUACAAAAUUAGACAAUGUAGCAGUGAUACAAUACCCGACAUCGCUUCUAAACAGAUAUCAACAAAAUGAAUUGAAAUUAGAAGAUGCUGUCAGGAAUGUUUUCAUGCAAAUGAGUGAAUUAAACGACUCCAAUACAAGGACAUUAACAGAAGCUGCCAUAGAAGGACUUUAUGAUAUUGAUUCCGAUGAAUUUAAAGAUUGUGCAUGGCUGCCAAUAAAAACACUAAUAUGGCACACAAGGAAACGAGGAUUGAGUACUGUUGGAUAUACACAGCUAACGGGAAGUCUACUUGUGUCAAAAAACGUUUAUCCAAACUCAAAAUUCGGCUUUAAUAGACGUAAAUUCAUUGUAAGCUCUUUGCCAUGGAAUCCAUUUGUUGUCCUAGAUAAUGUAACACACAAUUUUACUGGAUUCACCAUAGACCUACUACAGGAGCUGGCACAUGAACUCAACUUUACGUAUGAAAUGACAUCCCCAGCAGAUGGUCAAUGGGGUAUAGCGACAAAAAAUGGAUCAUGGACAGGUUUGGUAGGACAACUUCAACGAAGGGAUGUAGAUAUAGUGGCUGCCCCCUUGUCAAUACAGACAGACAGGGAACGUGUUAUAGAUUUCACAAAUCCAUAUUUUUAUGAAUCAUCUGCUAUCUUAAUGAAAAAGCCUGAUCCGAACUUAACCAAAUGGAGAACACUGAUAGAUCCAUUCAGCCCUACUGUCUUGUUAUGUAUAUUUAUUUCCUUGCCGAUUUCAUCGUUCUUUCUGUUUUUCUUCGAAAAGUACAACCCAUACUAUAGAAAAGUAGAGGAUAGAAGUAAAGUUCGAGGAUUGCAUCAUUUUUCAGACUCGUUUUGGUAUAUGUAUGGUGCUCUGUUGACACAAGGUGGUGAACAUAUGGCAGAUUCGUCAUCAGGCCGUACUCUUUUAAGCUUUUGGUGGAUAUUUUGUAUAAUUAUGAUGGCUACUUACAGUGGUAACCUAAUUGCCUUCCUGACAGUGACAAAAGACAAACUACCUUUCACAGAUCUGUCAGGACUUAUUGCUCAAGAUAAAUAUGAAUGGGGGACUCAAGGGGGAUCUGUUUUCGAACAAAUUUUUAAGACUUCAGAGUUACCUGAAUAUCAGGAGGUUUGGAGACGAAUUGUAGAAUAUAAUCAAACUGACACACGAGUUCUGAGUGUUAAAGGGGAUGUACAAAUAGAAAAAGUUAUUGAAGGAGACUAUGCGUACAUUGGAGACAAAACAUACUUUGAUAUGACCAUGGUUGAUAAUUGUGAUUUAGCGAUGACAUUAGCUGAAAUCCUCCAAUUGCAGUACGCAAUAGCUCUACCAAAUAAGUCCCCAUUUACCAAGAUGUUUUCAGAUGAGAUUAUUGCAAUACAUGAAAGUGGACUACUUCAGAUAUGGAAGUUAAGACAUUGGCCCAAACCUGGAUUUUGCAAAGGAUCUCUUCUUAAGGAGCCUAAAGCUAUAACACUUAUAGAUGUUCAAAGUGCAUUUUAUAUGAUAGGAAUUGGCAUUUUCGUGGCUUCAUUUACCCUGUUUAUUGAGUUUUUAAAGCAGACAUACUGUAAAUGGAGAGAAAAGAUCGGUAAGGCAAAAGAGAAACCCGAAACGAUAAGACACGUAAGCACAAUUCCAAAAUUAGACGAAUUCAUAUCUUACUGAACUAUUACUGAGCAAAUCUAAUAACGACGGGAAACGUUCACUUAUUAAAUGACCAUGGGCUUUUGAAGAAGAUACAUCAAAAGUCACCUGAUUUGUAUUACGGUCAUGGUAGCUGCAGGAAAUAAACUACUGUUGCUCUGUGCUGAAAGGGAAAGAUAUACAUCCGAAUGACAAUGAACAACGAUUUAAAAAAAUGAAAUUAGAUAAAGAUCAACAACAGAUACAGUUAUUUCUUAAGUCAACACAAAUAAAACAAUGGUUUAAAGACGCGUUUAUGUUUUUCAUAUGAUUUUUGUUAUAAAUCCUUUCAAAGCAUUUGUUUUUUUUACCGAUACGCAUAUUGUAUUAUUCAUUGAAACACCAAGGAACUUUGAACUAUUAUGUUGUUAUACGAAUUGUAUUAUUGUGUUAAAUGAAACAAAUCUUUGUAAUAAGUUUUAGUUUCUAAGAUGGCAUCGUCGAAAAAUGUUUUUAGUAAGUAGGACCAGGAUGAGGUAGGAUAAGAGCCAUUUUUUGGCCGCUGGAAUUGAAAGAAUUUGUCAAGUUCUUCUAUCCUUUUAAAACUAUGCUUCUUCAAUAGGUUUGCCUAUCAAAGACUAGUAUAACAUACUUUGAACACUAUAAUAUAUAUAUAAUAAUAAGUCUUGAUGUCUCUAUGUUGCUUUUAAAACCAUCUCUUUUAGCUCUCGAUUUGGUUUUACGACUUUUUACAUUCAAACAUCAAUGUUUACUAUCUUAAAUAUGCAGUUAUAAAUACAAAAGCAUAAUUUGUUCAUUUAAACGAAUAUGUUAAUAGCCUCAAACUGUUUUAGCCAAGGUUGUCUGAAACAAACUAUUCAAUUGUAGACAAAAUUAGUCAUAACUAAAUGUUUGACCAUCAAAAUGUGCAGUUAUGAUGUCAUUUUACUCUAGUAGUAUUUGUUGGAGUUUAGUGCUAUUAUAGUUGCCUGCUACUUGUACACUUGUUUUCAUCAAAUGUUUACAAAACAUUUUUCAAAAUCAAAUUUCAUUGAAUUUAAGGGUCAGUUUUGAUGCUUCGUGAAGCCACGCCUGAAAAAACCCAAUUUAAUUGCGAAUCACAAACUUUUGGCUGCCUUUCAAAGUCUGUUAUACGAAGUUCUCUAUGAAAACAAAAUAAUUUGCUGAGUAAUGUUACGUAUGAUGUGCAAGAAAUUGAAUCGCCUAUAAUGCUGUUGGAGCUUUUGGUAAAUCUAUUUUGACCUACCGAUUGGUUUAAAUUUUGGAACGCGUUUGCGUCGAUAAAACUUACAUGCUGUUUUUACAUAACGACUAGUGUAUUACGCAUGCUCCAUUAGAAUCGACCAAUAAGAGGGACAUGCCUGAUACUACAUUACAAGUGAAAUAUAAGAAUUGUUUUAGAUUUUUCUUUUUCACACUAAUGCUUGAUAUACAUGCUCUUUCUGAACAGUUCUAGCAGUUAUCAUUACUAGUAUGCCUUCUGCAUUCAUUUGCGCAUGUUUUUGAGAAAACGGAAUCAUUUAAAAAAAUCAAGUUUUAAAACUUUUGACAUGUGAGAACUAGGUAGACUAAACUUAUUAACCAAUGAAAGUGUUUAAGAAAAUAUUUUCACAUCGAAGGAAAUGCACAUCGGUUAGUUGUUUAUUUCAAACUGCAGUAAUCGAUUUUAAUAUGUUUUAAGAAUGGUGAACGGGAUUGAAAUUUGUUAAGUUUAAACAUUUUUUUUUUUUUUUAUCUUAUAUCAAAGGACGUUGAAAACAACGAUUGUGACUACUUCAUUAAUUUUGUAUUGGCAUACAAUUUUUUUCAUUUUCUCUCAACAGAUACGUAUAUUUUCAAUUCACCAACAUACAAUCAAACCUUUUUAUUAAACCCAUUGAUGAUGAGUAAUAAGUGAUUGUUUUCUCAUUAUAAUAAAUAUAUAUUUAACACUUUAAGUUGAAUAUUUCCUUUUUGAAAUACUGGCAAACUGUAACGAAAAGGAUGAAAUUAUACUGUUUUAAUCAAUUCAUGUAUAAUUCUAUUAUGACACAACUGGUGAAACGAGAACCAAUAUAUUGUACAUGCAGCCUUUUUGUUAUUUUAAGAGAGAGAGAGAGAGAGAGAGAGAGAGAGAGUUUAAAUUCGCACAUCAAAAUGUGAACUAAAUUUGUAUGACUUAUAAUGUUAUAUAACGAUCUUUGUUAUGUGUUGAUUUUUUCUAAUUGGGCAAAUAAGUUAAGCUUAAAGUUGGAAUCAAAUGCUGACCAUUUUUUAUGAUAUUACUAAAGUCUUGAUAAUGUUCUUCCAUUUAUUAUCAUUAGAAUUAAUUUCACUUUUAAAUACAGCGAUGUCACACGUCUAAUGUAAAAUAUAGUUUUCAAGUACUACUGGUAAUAUUUCUAAUGUAUUAUAACAUGUUUUACAAUAUGAAUAAAUUUUUGUACAAUUUA